ACCAGCCGGAUAUCCUUCACGUCCCACGGAAGUAAACAAUCCCCAGCUGACGUGGAGCAGCAGUCCUUCAUAACCAACAGGACGAACUGGAUGUACCAGAGCGAGAUACUCAAGAUUAUACAGAAAUUAGUGGAUCCAGAGGUCUUUUUUAGUUUUAAAGUUUAUUAAAUGGGCUCUGUUGUCUAAAUUCCUGUCAUAAUCUGAGGCCUUCGUUAAACUCCUCUCUCUGAAGUAAAAUGGCGGCAUCGGAGGAGGCCAGCAGACCCUUCGCGGGGCUCUCAGAGGUCUCGAUCUCGGAGGACAUCCCCGUGGAGGGGGACAUCUCCGUACCCAUGAGCUCCUCCAGGCGGGACGACGAGUUCUCCACGCUGGACGAGCCGGUGAAAGAGACCAUCUUGCGAGACCUGAGGGCGGUGGGGAACAAGUUCAUCCACGUCUUGUACCCGAAACGAAGCUCCGCUCUGCUGCGGGACUGGGACCUGUGGGGCCCGCUGCUGCUCUGCGUAACGCUGGCUUUGCUGCUGCAGGGCGGCGCGGCGGACAGCGACGACCAGGGAGGACCGCAGUUCGCUGAGGUACCAACAUGUAACCCUCUGGGGAGAUUAACCAAUAACUCUUUCCUCAUUGCUGGUAUUGUUCAUUACAUGUUUCAGUAGUCGGGCCAUCCCUCUUUUGGUAUUUGAGUCUUUGUUUGAACCGGAUCUGUGCACCUGAACUGACAUGGGUCGUCCAUAUUUAUUAAUACAGAACAUCAUGUAGCAGGCCACCUGAGGCAUUUUGCUGUUUAUCUAGUAGAGGGCGCACUGAUUGUAACCUGACCAUUGCAUACACUCGUGACUGUCACUACCUGAUCUGUCCUGGAAGCAAUUUUUUUUUUUUGUAGGAUGGUAGGAGAAGGUCCCGCCCUCCUUCGCCUCUGAUUGGCUAGAAAAGAUGGAAACGUCAUCACACGCUCAAGCCAAACGCGGGCCAUAGACUCUGUACAUCGACCAGAACAUUACAGAACAUUAUCGCACUUCUGAAUCUCCUAACCCUAACCCGACACGAUGACGUUUCACAGCCUUAAGGAAUAACCGAUUGGAGUCCAGCACUUCUAGCCAAUCAAAGGCGAAAGAGGGCGGGACCUCCCCCUACCAUCCCACAAAAAAAGUUUGCGCCCUGGAAACACGAUUUGUACCGCUCAUGUGCGAAAUGUAUCUCACUUCCUCUACUGGCCAUCUUUGCGACAGCUCAGCAAUUCUUUGCCCCUCGUGGUUUUCGACAGUUUCGACACUUGUCCGACAGCGUCAGCAUCAGCGAGCUCGCUACUGUCAGUAAGAAAGGAUGCUUCAGUUUAUCACCAGCUUUUCUUUUCUCCUGAACAGUGUGUUCCCCGACUGAGGCAGAGCGCCGGAAAGUCAAGAGAAUGGCGCCCAGUGUUACGAUUAAAAGUUCCUACUCCAGCAAAAUUGUAAAUUUGCAACGUAGUUAGAAAAUGCUUGAAUGAAUGUGAAUAUUGUACGCUACAUAAAAACUAUGAAAUUCAUUGUCCAUAAUGUGUAGGCUUUGUGAUGAUAAAUUAAAUUAAUAAAAUAAAUUAAAUAUUAAAUGAAAUAUUAAAAGUCAGAGAACCAUAAUUUUGGCUGGGUAGCGGCCCAAAAGGUCUCACCGUGCUGGGCAGGAGCUCUGGCGAAUGCCUCGGCAUUAGCUCUGGAACCAUCUGCUAGCUAGCCUGUCACAUCGCCAGCUUGUUUCUGAAUCGAUCAAUAGUUUAAUUAAAGUUUUACAGGUGAAGCAAAUUUGCAAUUGCGCAGUACGGAUCGGUAGGUAGCGACUCACUGCCGUAAAAUACAUUGAAUUGCCAAGAGAGGAAGUGACUUACGUUUCGCACAUGUGCAGUACAAAUUGGGUUUCCAGGAUGGAUCGGGUAGCAACAGUGACCUCUGCAUAUUUGUAUAGAAAUGUUUAUGUGUGUGGUUGAUGUGAGGUUUAAAUAUUUCUCAUGAUACUCUCCAAACAUAGUUUAAAUCAUAAUUGGUCUUCUUGAUCUUCUAGGUCUUUGUCAUCAUCUGGUUCGGCUCCAUCGUCAUCACCCUCAACUCCAAGCUGCUGGGCGGCACCAUCUCCUUCUUCCAGAGCCUGUGCGUGCUGGGUUACUGCAUCAUGCCUCUGACAGCGGCCAUGGUGGUGUGCAGGAUCGUCCUGGUCGGCGGUUCGGGGACAGUCAGCUUCGCCGUGCGGCUCAUGGUGGUGACGGCGUCCUUCGGCUGGUCCACCUUUGCUUCCACGGCCUUUCUCGCUGACAGCCAGCCGCCCAAUCGCAAGGCUCUGGUGGUGUACCCUGUGUUUCUCUUCUACUUUGUGAUCGGGUGGAUGAUCCUGACGUUCUCGCCGUCACAGUAAAAGAGAAACGGAAGGAUUGAAAGUGAACGGCCGAACACGAGGGAGGUUUUUGUAGAGUGAAGGACUCAAACAAACACCGAUAUCUGCCUUUGAAUGAAGAUAAAUGACUACUGAAAUGACUGUGGGUGUUUCUCACUGUCUGGUGUUGUAUUAAGACUAAAUAGACUCUUAAAGAAUUCCUAAAUAACUCUUUCAGGUGAAGCUAUGGCUCUUCUUCAGAUUUAGAGAAGAUGGGGGGACGGUUUGCCGCAGAUGGAGAGUUAAAAAGCUGAUGAAUAUGUUCAGAUUUUCCAGUUUGUCUCCCAGAUAUGUUUACGAGCUGUGCUACAAUAAAGUCUGUAGGCUUGUAUAUAGAAAAGCUUUAUGAUUGUCUUAACAUCCAAUGAUUUCAUGAGUAUUAUUCCUCCUCCUUUUCAAACCUCAUACUGACGGUUGAGCUCUUCUUAACGCUAAAACUUCACCCUGAUUUCCUCACUACAUUCUCAAAUAGGAAUUCAGCCUGCAUGGAGCAACUCUGGCCAGCCGUUGUCUGAACUGUCUGACUUUAAAUAGACUUUUAAAAGUUUUUCUUUGAGCAUUUUCUUGUUGUGUUUUUUAAUUUUUAUGUACUUAACACAGAAAACAAAAAAAUAAGGGGUGAUAAGGAGUCAUCUUGAGAAAUCAGAACACCGUGUCCCAGCAGCAGCAGUUUGCUGUCUUUCACUCAACAGAGCAUUGUUUAAAAGCAACAAUCUUCAGUAUCGCUAACCUUCAAUAAGUUACAUUUUAGUUCCCCUUUCUUUCAUUAUUUGCCCCAAAAACCAUUAAAGCUCCUGCGAGUCAAACUUGGCUUGAGUGUUUUGGCUCUGUCUUAAUUUCCUCUUUAAAGGUAGCCUACCUGAGAAAUGCUGUUUUUAAGUCAAGUGGAGAAAUGACACAUUUGAUAUGGUUUUUGGUGCACUGGUAUGGCUAACUGGCACAUUAAACUGUGCCUGUCUUUGAAACCAUAUAAAAAUUAGCCCCAAAAUUAUAUUUAAAAUAGCAAAAUGUGUUUUGUUAAUAUUUAUAUUAGUGUUAUUGGUUUAAACAAGCUUAUUGUAAUUUAUCCCUCAAGGAUAAACUCCCACCGAAGAGACAAUAUAAUAUAAUCCAUUGUAUCAGUUUUAUACAGUGUAAAGAGAAUAAAUUGGCCUAAAAGAGCACAGCAAAGGUGGGUUUUUUAGUGAGCGAAAUCUUAGAAACAGAGAUUUUGUCCAGCUGUUUCUUGGGCUUAUUUUCCAAAUGGAGUAAAUUUAUUUAACCCAA